UAUAUUUGUAUUUAAAAUUGGCAUAGUGCAACAUAAAGAUGAAAUCAUAAACUUCAAGUUAAUACUUCAAAAUUUAUACUUUUUACUUAGAAUGCCAUUAAAUAGAAAAUAUAAAACCAAAGGGUAGGUUUAGAGAGCAUUCAAGAAAUGAAAAAAUUUGAACUUUAGUGACUUAAGAGGCUUUUUGGGGGGCCAGCGCUGUGGCUUAGUAGGUUAAGCCGCUGCCUGCAGUGCCGGCAUCCCAUAUGAGCACCAGUUCGAGACCCAACUGAUCCAUUUCCGAUCCAGCUCUCUGCAAAGGCCUGGGAAAGUAGUAGAAGAUGGUUCAAGUCCUUGGGCCCCUUCAUCCAUGUGGGAGACCUGGAAGAAGCUCCCAUCUCCUGGCUUCAGAUUGGCACAGCUCUGGCCGUUGUGGCCAUUUGAGGAGUGAACCAGUGGAUGGAAGACCUCUCUCUCUUUCUCUCUCUCUGCCUCUUCUUAUCUCUGUGUAACUCUGACUUUCAAAUAAAUAAGUAAAUCUUUAAAAAAAAGAAGCUUUUUGAACAAAGCACUCCAUAUUUUCAGUUUCCAUCAGGACCUACAAAAUUUUUUUUACAUAGUAAUUUAUUUUAUUGAAAGUACAAAGAAAUAUUAAAGAAAAUUAAAUAAAUUAAACAUCAUUCCAUAGCCCCUCUAUACUACCACAUAGAUUUGUUUGGCAUAUCACCUUCCACAUGCAUACUUUACAAAGUCACAAUCAUAGUGUGUAUACUAUUUUGUAAUGCGCUUAUUUUACUUACCAUAUCUUAGAUACAUCCAUGUGUCUAAAGUCUUCCAAAAAAUUACUUUAAUGGCAGUGUAACACUUCCCUACUUUAUUAGCCCACUUUAUUCUCUGACAUGUAAUUUUUUUCCAACUUUUCACUAGUAUAAAUAAUACAGACAUAAACACAUCCAUGCAUUUGCUUUUUUAUGCAUCAUUCUUCAGGUUAAAAAUAUGGGAGCAGAAUUUAUCGAGCAAAGGAAACAGUCAUUUUUAUGGCCCUUGCUAUGUAGUACCAUAUCGUGUCACCAAAGGGUGUAUUUAAAAUGGACCUACAAAUUUUGUAGCCAGCCCAGUCCUGGAGAUGAGUAGGUGAAUGAAACAGACAGCAUCCCUUUUAGCAUGCAGCUUACUUCCUAUUGGGGAAAAUAAUAAAUGAAAACAAUAAUGAAUGAACAAGAAAAUCUGUCUCUUAACUACUCUAGGAAACAACUAGGUGACAUGGUUAGGAAUGGUGAAGGAAGGUGAUCUAGUUUAACUUUGGGUGGCAAAGAAAGCAUCUCCAGAAAAGCGAUCCCUGAGAGACCUGAAGAAGGAGCAAUCAUUCUGUUGAAGUGAAAUUUCCUUAGGCAAUGCCUAAGCACCCAGGCAGGGUUUCAGGGUUUCAUCCAAGUCCCCAGUGCUACCUUCUCUGAUGACAUUCCCCAAAGGGUGUUGGACUCAUAAGAUGAGGUUGUCUGUUACACAAAAGAGCCUCCUGGCAGUGCUGCCUCCAAUAGAGUGUGACUGCCCUAAGGAUGAUGGGGAGAGUUAUAUCCCCCAGAAUCCAGAAGAGGAGCUGUGUUCCCUGCCUCAUCCUUCCUGAAUUACCAACAAACUGACAAGUCUUCUGUUUGCAAGUUCCUGGAAAUACUGCAAAGAAGAGGAUGACACACUGAGGAAGGCAGAGAGCAUCCAGACCCUGUCCUCUGUCCACCCUCCAAUUAUAGAAAUCCAACCCAACAAAAUAGCUACUUGUAUGACUGUUUUCCAACACUAUCUGUUUUUGCGGGGAAACAAAGGCUUAUUAAUCUACAGUUUGUAUAAUGCUCGAUGGACAUAUAUUAAGGAGAAACUUAGGGUUGAUCUUACUUCCAUCUGGGCCACAGAUUUGGGAACUGAAAUACUUCUGCUCCAGUAGUAUUUGACUUUUAUUUUGUGGGAAUGGUCUUUUUCUAAUCAUAGCCAUCAACAAAGUAGAUGAUUCCAGCAAGCAAACCAUCUAUGUAAAGAUGGAGAUCUAUGACCAGAUUAACCAAAAGCUGUUGAGAAGGUUCAGAUUUGCAGUCUUUUCCUAGUGAUUACUUUCUCCCCUUCAAAAUAUAUUUAGAAAUAGACUUAAAUUUACAGAAGAGUUGCAAAAGUAGUACAGAGAAUUCCCCUAUGCCCUUCACUGGCUUCCCUAAUACAAACAUUUAACACCACUAUGACACCUUUAUCAAAAAUAGUACAGGGGCCAGUGCUGUGGCAUAGUGGGUAAACCUGCUGCCUGCGAGGUGGGCAUCCCAUAUGGGUGCCAGCUCUAGCCCUGGCUGUCCCACUUCUGAUCCAGCUCUUUGCUAAUGGUCUGGGAAAAGCAGCAGAAGAUAGCCCAAGUGUUUGGGCCCUGGCUACCCAUGUGAGAGACCUGAAAGAAGCUCCUGUCUCCUGGCUUUGGCUUGGCACAGCCCUGGCCUUUCUGGCCAUCUAGGGAGUGAACCAGUGGAUGGAAGAUCUCUCUCUCUUUCUCUCUUCCUUUCUCUGUGACUUUGACUUUAAAAUAAACAAUUACAAAAUUUAAGAAGAGUAAGCAAACAACAUUGGUACAAUAUCAUUAAUUAUUUUUAAAAACAGAGAGGAAUGUUUUACACAGCUUGAGCAGUGGCAGCCAGUUCUUCCCCAGGCUUUCCUACUUCUCUCUACCAUGCCCCAGUCCCUGAUAAUCCUCCUCUGAACUACCUGUCAAUGGAAAUUCCAGAGACUUUUCUCAUCAGAGCUAUUAGCAGGCAAGGACAAGUUGCAGAAAAUAACAUAAAGCAUCUAUUUCUGACCAAGAGCCUGGCGGAGCCAGACACACAGUCCCUGGAGGAAGGAGUCCCUCUUUUCCCAGUAACACCUGGGAAAAGCCACCUGACCAAACCUUCUGCCUUUGUGAGUCAUGGCAAAGAAAGUCACAUCAGAAGGAAGGGUGAUUUGAAUGAGCCCAGAUGUUUCACUUAAAACCGCAACCAGGCAUAGCAUUUGAGCAAUUUUUAUUUUGCUGUCAUUUCUCUUCAUGUCAUGCAAAUGCUCGAAAGUGGUCUACAGAGACAGCAUGUCUUAUAAGAUGACAAUUGCAAAUGGCAGCAAAUAGCAAGCACGAUAAUAACUUGUCAUGUCUAACACAAAGUUACAGCAAAGGCAAGCCAUUUAGCAGUAAGCAGAUGUGACCUAAAAGGUAGUUUGCAGAUAGCUAAAUGCAGGCAGCUCACAAUGCAUUUCGGUAAAGGAUUAUAAAAAUACUACCUAUGGUAGAACAUUUACAGUAAUACAAUAUUUCAAGAAGGAUUUAGAAAUGGGCAAGAUUUACUAUUUGACAGUUUUUUUUUAAAAGCACAAUUGAUGUCUCAAUCAAAGGACUUAAGAGUUUUGCCAAGUGAAGCAGAGUAUGAUUAUGUGGAGGAUUUUAAGCUAAGAUUUACUAUUUUUUUUUCCAAAAAGAAAGCUACAUUUGGCAGCCUUCUCAUCUCCAGUGUACAGAAGUUAGUAAACUGAUGAAAUAGUAGGGGGAGGGGUUCUUCUAGAGAAGCUAAUUGCUACAUCAGUUUCUGCCAAGACCAUUUGAAAAUAACGCCCUCUGUCUUAUUUAUGUUGUUACAGGAAUGAGAUUGGGGUUAACAAUUAAAAGUAAAACAAGUAAAUUUAGGCGUCUGGACAUGGCAGGUUUUCACAAAAUACGGUUUGAAUGAAUGAAAGAAUAAAGACAACCCAGAGGUUUGGGUUGCGGAGCAGCCUCCAGGACUGGGCUGUUUUGUAGGGAGCUAUAAACGGUUUUCAAGGGCUUGGGUAUAGCUUCUCACACAAGCAUGUAUCUAUAUAUACACGUGUAAUUAUCUGACAUACAUGAGUUAGAAAGUCCCAAUUCAUGCCAGUAAUAAACUUGAGAACAUUGGUCUAAACAUGGAAAGAAUGAGUUCACUUGCCAGUGGGGCACCUGUGGUGAAAAGGAGGAAAAGGUGGCUUUGACAGCUGAUGGCAGUCAGUGGCACGGGCUGGCAUGCCAGACUGCCAUUGCCUCAUCCUGCCGAGGCCGGGACUGUGACCUCUGUGGGCACUAUGCUGUGUGAUGUGAUGCAGCAAAUUAUUCCAAUUGUGACUGUUCUUCAAGCCAGUCCCCAUAGCCAUUGCCAGUUUAUUAGAUAUUUGGAAGCAGUUAAAACACUGUGGGCAGAUGCCAUUUAUUUUUAUGCUGUCAGAUGGGGAAAUUGCAGAAAUUUACUGAGCUGCUUCUUCAAGGAUUUCCGGGAAUGGAAGGACUGAGAAACCCAACUUGUGGGAGUGUUUAUUGUUCAUAUGAUGGUGCUUUCUUAUGGUCGUAACAAAACAAAGAAAUACACUGGAUUUAGUCCAUUCUGUGUUGCUAUGGCAAAAUACCUAAAUGUGGAUACUUUAUAAAGAAAAGAUUUUAAGAUCACACUUCUACAGGUCUGAGAGCCUGGCACUGACAUUGGCUUUUGGUGAGUUCCCCAAGGCAGAUAGCAUCAUAGUCCUGGAGUGUGUGUGGUGUGUGUGUGUGUGAGAGCGUGCGAGUGAGCGAGCGAGAGAGCAUACAAAGAGAAGAAACAAGAAACUGAGGAGGGGUCAGUCUUGCUCUUUUGUGACAACACAUUCUCACAAAUUCUCACACUCUCCUGGGAACUAAUCCACUCCCGUAAGUCCCAACCCACUCUGGGAGACCAGCAUUAAUCCUUUCCAAGGGUUGUGCCCAUAAUGACCUAAUCACCUCCCUCUAGGCCCCACCUUUCAAAAAUUCCACCACCUCUCAAUACUGUUACAUUGGGAACCAAGCCUCUGGCACAGAUACUUUGGGGGGACAAAUCAUUUGCUAACCAUAGCCACACACUGAACUCAAAACAUUCAUAGAAGAAAGAAAAGCACAGAGCAUCACUGGAGCAUUAAGAAGUAUAGCUCUCUAUAUUAAAGCUGGACAGAUGCAUGUUGAAGAAGGCAAUCAUUAUGUGAUAUAAAACUGAAGGAUUCUAGAACAGUUAAUGAAACAUAGUGGCACUUGCAGAAACAAAUUGUUGGCUUUGUUGAGUUAGAAUCACAAAUUCAAAGAAUGAAUGAAGAUUUGCUAUGAGAACAACACAAUUUAAUAGCCUCUUAAAGAUCUAGAAGUAAAGUCAUUCCCAAAAAAUAAUUUGGUUGAUAAAUAUAUGAAUCUAUGAAUUGAUAUUCCUACUGUGUGUCAAGUUCCAGAAAAUGACUGAAUUCCCGUGUCAAAAUGUAUUGUGAUUCUUCAUGCUUCUGAAAUCCAAGCAAAAUGUAAGCAUUAAUGCUCCAAACCUGGAGUCUGAAUCAGGAUAUGGGUACUAAUUGAAUGCUGGAAAUGGCUCAUUACGCUAAACAUCAACAUUUUCAUCGACAUGCUCAAAGUUGAUCAAAGUUAUCACUGAGUAUAUGUUCUAUACAGGCAGGAAUAAAAGUGAUUAGAAGUAUUGCUAUUUGCUAUAGUUUAAAAAUAACUAUGAUUAGUGUUGCAAUUGACUCUAUAUCUGUGAGGACUGGAUCUAUGAAUUUAAGCAGCCACAAAUGGAAAAUAUUCCAAAAAAUUAAAAAUUAAUCCAACCAUAAAAAUAAUAUGAUGUUUAAAACAACGCAUAGCAUUUUCAUUGCAUUAGGCAUUAGAAAUAAUCUAAGUUGAUUUAAAUUAGACAGGUGUGUAGGCUAUAUGCAAACACUACACAUUUUCUAUAAGGAGUACCUAGAGCUUGGUAUCCUGGCAGAGGUUCCUGGGACUCGGACAACUGUAUUGUUUUACAUUUUCCAUAGUUUUGAGUGGCUACUGAGCUUUUUCACUUUUAUUCUUAUUUUAUUCCUUUCGAUGUCUAAUCAUGUAGCUCACUAACAAAAAUGAAAAACAGGUAAAUAAAUUUGAGUUUUCUGCUCUAGGGCAUAAUAUUUGCUGAGCAUGAAACUGCCUUGGACUUUAUACCUUCACGCCUCAGGUUACCGUGUGCUCCCCCUGGCCAGAGAGAAAGAUCCAUCUGUUUAUCUCUAGUCUUGUCCUUGCUGGCAGACCCACUCACACACUGGCAAAGUGCACUCAGUCACCUUGAAUUUCAUGGAGGCUUUUACCCAAGUCUCAUGAAUCCCAUGACCUUUGUGAUUCAGACUUUAUUGGCCUAUUCCCUUCCAUGCUCUCUGGGUCCAGGAUACUGAGGAGUGACAUAAAUUGCCAGUCAUCAGCUGGUUCUGAGCAGACUUCCAAGAAAAACUGUUACAAAACUUUUAACAAAACUCUGAGUUUUAAAAAUCUAGAAUGGUGUCCAUCAACUGGUCUAGAAUGGAGACUAUAAAUUGGUGGCUAAAUCAUCCCACAGGCAUGUUUUGCUUGGCCAUCCUACUGUUGAUCUGCAGAUUGCUUAAAAAUUUUAAUUAGUUCUCAACGUUUAAAAAAAUCAAGAGAUUUCCCUUAAAAUUUCAGAUUCCUUGCAUUGGUUGAUUUGGGAGCAUAGAGACUGCAUUUCUACCUCUUGCAGUUACACAGCAGUUGUCCCAUCUAGGUGGGACAAGCACACUCCAGUUCAUCACCAUCCUAAUCACUUCCUACCAAGCCUGCUUCACUCAUCUCCAUGAUAUGCUUGGCUCUGGUAGGCCUUUGAGAUCAGGAUAGUUACUUUAGAAUUGCAAUGUUCCUAGCACUGUGUUAAGAACUACAGGAGAAGAUGGAAAGGAUAAAGCAUUUGCAUAAUUCAGUCUUCCCAGAUUAUUCUCUGGCUAGAGAAAAUAUCAACAAUAAUAACACUAAUUUAUGGAUCAAUUAAAGUCUUAAUUGUGAGAAGUGAAGCACGGAGUGGUCCCUGACUUUCAACAUGACCAGCACAUGGCUCUGUCAUAACAGUAAUGACCAGGAAGAGCCAGCCAUGCAGUCUUCUUCAUCAAACCAGUAGAAGAGCCCAAAAAAGUAUUUGUCUUGUUAGUCAAUGCAGGUAUCUCUAGCAUGGAGUUCAGAGACCCACUCAUGCAGUUAUUCACUUGUUUUUUCUUUCAACAAAUAUCUAGGAAUUCAGGGAAAGCCAGGGAAGUUCACCAUCCAGAUCCCCAUUCAAAAGAAUCUGCACAGGUAACCUCAUGGACUGUAACCCCAGAUGCAGCCCUUUUGGAGUAAUUAGGGACACAGUUUUCCAAGGAUCAUUCUAUUCUUUCUGAACACGGUCUUAAAGCCAGGCCAUCCCUGCCCAACACAGGACUUCUUUAAUGGCAAAACUUUGUACAGGUUCUCCCCAUCAGCCUGGCCAAGGCUUGCCCAUAACUUCACUGUAGUCUGAGACUCUUCCUACCUUUUCUCCUUCCUUCCCGCUUUUUCACAAAUAUAAGACACAUCACACAGUCUGAAGCUCAUCCAGCUUCCUCUUACUCUCCCCUUUAUUCUUCUCAAAUGUUUUUUAAAUAAAUUUUUGCUUGUCUAAUCCCAUGUUAGCAUUAGUAAACUAGAGACUGACACAACUGCCUGCUAAGAUCCCUUCAUUUGUGGAGCUUGCACUGAAGUGGGAGAUAGACGUUCACAGAGAGAAUAGGUGAAUUCAAUAAACAAAAAGUCUGAAAAUGACUCUUGACAGAUUGAGUGGUCAAAGGUCUUUCUGAGGUGAUGAUGUUCAAGCUAACACCUGAAUACAGAGAAGGAGCUCCUAAAGUGAAGAUCUUAGGGAAUAGCACGCUAAGUGGAGGGAAGAGCAAGCACAAAGAGUUGAGACCAGAACUUCUUUAGCAUACUUGAGAAAAGAAAAAAAGCCAGUGUGGUUAAAGAAUAAUGAGAAAAGGGAGGAGUGAACAAGCAAGAAUAUUAGAAAGUCAGGCAGUAGCCUGGACAUCACAGUAAGUAGGUUAGAGCAAGAGGGAAACCAUUCUCUGUUAAAAAUGCAGGGAGAGUCUGUUAGGACAGAACAGUACUCCAAAGGACUGUGUCACUGAAAAUUUGCAUAUCAAAUUUAUGUCUGUGUGUAUGUGUAUGCAUGUGUGUGUGUGUGUGUGUGUGUAAAAUCAGUUAGUUUGUAAGCUGUUCAUACUUCUAAAGUUCAGAGAAGGAAGUAGGGACUGUGAGUUAGAAUAAGUC